GCAACGCUCGUUCGGGAGUAAGCGAGACAGAGAUAGAGAGGUAGAUAGAAAGAGAAAGAGAGAAUAUAUCGUCAGUGUGAUAAAGACAGUGCUACGUCGAGGAGGCCCAGUCUACUUGUAUUUCUCUCUCUCUCUUUCUCUCUGUCUCUGUCUCUCUCUCUCUCUCUCUCCCUCUUUCUCCCUCUCUAUCUUUGUCCAGUAGGUUAAAGCAAGACAGAGACAGGGUGUCUCUCUCUCGGCGGUUCUGAACCCCCGGUUUUCACAGUCUCUCAUUUAACGACGAACGCGUUCGCGUCUGACGGUGGACUCUCUGUCCUCUGUCCUCGAUGUUUUUUCAAAAAAUUUGCAAAGUGUACGUGCGUCUUUAUUUAAUCCUGCUAGCGUGACAUUUCGAUCAACAUUGGGAAUAUUGGACCUAAUUUACAGGCCUAUCGUAUAGUCUGCCUUUCUUGGAUAUUGCGAGUGUCUGUUAACGUGAAUUGUUUUCAAAAAGGAAGAGAAUGAGUUUAUAUAAAUGUUGAGAAUGAUACAUAUUACCGAGGACGAUGAUGAUUACAUCUUAGCGAAGAUACGUUCUUCCUCUCUCUCUCUCUCUUUCUCUCUCUUAUUCUCGAAGUGUUACCGAAUAAGAUUCACGAAUGGACGAGCCGGGAGCGUUUAAUCCCUUGCCUCUCGUUUGCAUAAUUAGCCGCGGUACUGCGCUGCGGGCUCCCUCGAGAUAGAGAGAGGAGGGUAACCCGUAAACUUUGACCGCGAAGAUCUUGCCGAGAAGGCAGAGAAAGGAAAGGAAACUUCGAAACCUUCGCGAGAAGAGCCUUUCUAUAUUUUGAGGAAAAUCCUUUUGAGAGAGACGGAAAAGAAGGGAGACGAAUAAAAGAGAGAGAGAGAGAGAGAGAGAGAGGGAGAGGGGAUGAUAAAAAUGGACUCUGUCAAAUCCUGCUGAUCGUUAAAACAGAGAGAAAGCCGUGUAAAAAGUGUAGUUGUGACUGUUAUCGCAAGUGUAUGUGACACGUAAAAAAAGAAAAACAACAACAGCCAGAUAUUCGUCAGGAUGCCGAGGGGUUCAUUGUUAAUCCUUUUAGUAAUGAUGGCAGCGACAACGAGAUUAGUUAGUCCAGACAAAUGUGCCGAGGAGUGUACCUGCAAAUGGAAAAAUGGUAAACGUACCGUAGAAUGUAUAGAUCGUGCUUUAACGAGUAUACCAGAAGAGAUCGAUUCAGAGACACAAGUGUUGGACAUGAGCGGGAACCAUGUAAGAAGCUUGCCGAGUAACAUCUUCGUACGUGUACGCCUGACGAAUCUCCAGCGUCUCUAUCUACGCGAGUGUCGUAUCGACCGAAUCGACUCGGAGGCUUUGACCGGCCUGACGAACUUGGUCGAGCUCGAUCUAAGCAAUAAUUUGUUAUCAGGGGUGCCAAGUGCUAGUUUUUCGAACACUCCCUUUUUACGUGACCUAGUGUUGGCGUACAAUCACUUGGAAAGGAUUCAUUCCUAUGCCUUUAAGAAUACACCCAACUUGGUUAAGCUCGAUCUCUCUCAUACGAAGUUGAUCGAGAUCGAAGCCAAAGGAUUUCGCGGUUUAGAGUCAUUGGAAAGUUUGAAAUUGAAUGAAAACGAAUUGACUACGUUACAUCCCGGUACGUUUGAACCAUUGAACAAACUCACCAGUAUCGAACUACACGAUAAUCCAUGGAUUUGCGAUUGUCGUUUGCGAGAGAUGAAGUUGUGGCUUGUAAAGCAUAACUUGCCGACAUUGGUGGCGCCCGUUUGUCACGGACCUGAACAAUUAUUGGAUAGAGUUUUUACCGAUCUAGUGAUCGACGAUUUUGCCUGUCGUCCUGUACUUUUAAUAGCGAGUCAUUAUGCCGAGGCUACGAUCGGCGAGAAUGCUAGUAUAGUGUGUAGAGUCAGUGCUAUACCACCUGCCAAAGUUAAAUGGUAUUGGAACGGUCGGCUGUUAACCAACCAUUCGGCGUUUAGUAGCUAUCAGAAGGUCUUGAUAUUCGAGGAGGGACAAUUUCGUAAGAGAAGUACAUUGGUACUGACCAAUGCACAGGAGACUGACUCCAGUGAGUUUUACUGUGUCGCCGAAAAUCGUGCUGGUAGCGUGGAAGCUAAUUUCACGCUUCACGUGUCAUUAAGAACGGCUGGGAUGUCGACGUUAGGAUCGGGACAAAUAGCAGGGAUAUCGGCAGCAUUGGUAGGCCUGAUACUCUUCAUCCUACUGAUCAUCCUAAUUCUUUUCAUUCGUCUAAGAAGAAUGCCCCUGAAAGACAUGAAAUCUCAAACGCCGGUUGAAACGGUGUCUGGCGAAGGCAACGGCGAAACGAUAAACCCAAUGGAAAACCCAUCGACGACCUCGUCUUUGGCUCGAAGAAAACGCGAAGAGAUCGAAACAACGUCGUUCGGGAUCGAUGCGAAACCGCCGGUAUCCUUGAACCUAAGUUACGUUCAAAGACCGCAAACGGCUUUGGUCCAGAACGAAAGUGACUAUAGUAACGUUACGAGAUACGACGAGCGUAAUCAAGGUGGUAUCGGUGGUUGUGGUAGAUCGUCGUUACUAGUACCACCAACCGGUGGUUGUUUUUCAUCAACUACGUCAUUGAUGCCCAUCGAUAAUCCUGAUUUGAUAAGGGACACUAGACGUGGCUCGGCCGAAGAUCUAACGCCUUACGGUGCUGGUGGUGAUUUCGUUGGUGGUGUUGGCCGUAUGGAAUUAGUCGACGAUGGUAAAAUAUUAUAUUCCAGUUGUCUUUGGGAUAGUAGUACUGCUACAACGAGAGACAGCACCGGCAACAACAGUUGUAGGGAUGGUUGUAGAGAUAAUUGCAGAGGUGCUUCGUUACAAGUCAGUUCAUAUACGUCGUCCAAGGAAACGCUAGCCGUUGUAGCACCAACGGUCGAACAAUUUCCACCAGGUGCGAAACAAAUGCGUGUAUGGCAAAAGGGUGUACCCGUAUUACCGCCUGUAUCAGCCCUCAAACGUGUAUUAGGAUCCACGCGUAGCUCACCCGAUGAGGGCUAUCAGGAAGGCACUGGAACCGAUGUCUAGGUACCGCUACUUCAUUACUGCGACCCACGGCAUCGUUACUUGGAACUACGUAGACGCCAUCAGGAGGAUGAUACCGACUGCUGACUUGUUCUUUGUUUUUCCUUUUUCUUUUUCUCUUUUUUUUCUCUUUAUCCGAGCUCGAUCCUUCUACAUUGGUGGCUGUCGUAUGCUGGACUCGCAGUAGUGAACGAAAAUAAGAAAUAUAUGCAUACAUACGUACACACACACAUAUAUAUAUAUCUAUCUAUAUAUAAUAUAUAUAUAUAUAUAUAUAUAUAUAUAUAUGUGAGUACCUACAUACAUACAUCAUACAUAUCACAUGCAUAUGCACACAACACACACGCGCGCGCGCGUAAAAGAUUCCAUUCAACAAAUCUCACAAUGACAAGAACAAAUAUGAUACAUUGACUUAGGGUGUCCGUCGAGACCCCAAGUGAAACAUUAUUCAUGGUGUCGACGGCUCUGAUAAAUAUUGCAGUGCUUGUGUAUGUGCAAAGAGAUUAAAAAAGAAAUAAUUCAUUGGAUAGAUCAUGAGUUAGAGAGAAAGAGAGAGAGAGAGAGAGAGAGAGGGAGAGAGAGAGAGAGAGAGAGAAGAAGAGAACGAAUCUUUAAGAAAGUUCAGUGUUACCAACAAUAUUCGAACUCUGACGUCAUGUCCUACCUCUUCUGAUCGUUCUUAUUCUUCUUUCUUGUUUGGAGUCCUAACAAAAUAAAUAAUAUAAACGGGAGGAAGAAUGUCGUGUGGAAGAAGGAAGAAGGCAAAAGUAUAAAAAAGAAAAAAAGAAAGAAAAUGGAGGAAGACUGCUGUGGUACACGCGUAUUCGUCGAUGGAUUGUGUAGGGGAGAAGAAUAUUUGUGAAUGACGAUAAAAGUUUCGUCGAAGUUUUUAUCAACAAAAACUUUUAUCGCACGCGCCUGAUAUCGAUGGAAAAUGGUGGCAAGUUGGCAGAUGCAUACAGGAAACGCAUCCGAGACUGGGCUAUCUCAGUUUUUUCUGGGUUGCGUCUGGAUUUCAAUCUCGGUAUCACCAUUGGAGUUUCCGUUCAUCCAUUCCUUCCGAAUUUGGCUCUCGAGACUACGACAGGUUCGAGGAAAUUCGCAAAUACGUAUGGAUAUUGGGUAUUCCCUCGGUGGUAUCCGCAGAGAGAUCGAAAUCAUGAGCGAAGGCCAUCACGUCCAGAGCUGCGGUGAGUGCGUCACCAAAGCCAGCGGUCAACGCGGAAACUUCGGUGUUACCGCCGACGUUUGGACUGGAAUGUAAUCGUAAUAAUUCUUAUGUCAAUCAGUCUUCUAAAGUUGUUAACAAGUUUUAUAAUUUAACAUUUACUUAUAUAACUCUUAACUUAACUUCAUUUACGUUUACAAAUGCCGCAAUAUAAGAAGAUACAUUUUUCCUAUAUAGAUUGAUUCUACAAUAACAACUGUAAUUCAAUACAUAAAGAUUAUAUCUACAUGUAUUUGUGUGUGUGCGUGUGUGUGUAUGUGUAUGUGUGUGGAAAAAAAUAGCUAGAUUUAUUACGCAUUAUUUUUUCUAUGAGCAGUUUUAGAAAUACACAACAGAUGAAAAAUUUUGAAUCCUAUUCCAUUUUUUAUUCUAUUCGAAACGUAGACAGGAAGUAAUUAUUGAUUGCGAAACGAUAACAAAAAGAAAAAAAAAGAUAUGUUACAUCUCGAUGCAGACUCUUGAGUCAUUUCUUGCGAAGGCCACAUGCGGCAAAAUUCAAACUCGCUGCGUUUCUGCGUUUUUCACCGAUGAAUCGCUCGCCGAUCCCGUUUCAAUGUAUAUGUAUAUAUUUCUAAUGUAUCAGAAAGAAAAAGAUAGAUAGAUAGAAACGUAAUACGCAAUAAAUUGAAAGUGGUUCAUGAAAUAUUCAAUUUAACUGGUGAUUUUCUUUUUCCUUUUUUUUCCUUUUCUUGCAUUUCAUUUGACAAAGACAUCUUUUUGAUAGAAAAACAUUUUAGAAAAUUUAUUCGAUAACAUAUAUGUCAAUUUUUAAUUAUCAAUUCCAAUGUAAUAUUUAUAUCUCCCUGUAUAGUCUAAUAUGCAACUCAUAAAUAAAAUGUAUUAUCUUUUCUUUUUUACUUUUUCUUAUACAAGAUACAACUAUAUUUUUGUUAUAUUUAUAUAUACAAUAUGUAUAUAUAUAAAUAUAUACGUAUAUAUAUUGUAUAUACAUAUACAAUAUAGAAAAAGAUAAGUGUAUAUAGUUGAUUUAUUAUACUACGUAACAUAUAAUAAAGUUGAGUAAUACGUCCUGGUGUCUACAAAGCGACUAUAUCUCAUAAUCAAUUACAUCACAAUUUACAUAGAUUAUAGCCAUCACUUGCCUAGCUCGUACAGGCGUUGAAAAGGAUUCCCGUCCCCACAUUAUCUGUCGCAGUUCCUCACCAGUCAUACCUCGUUUCUUCAGUGCAUUUAUUGUGACUUUUCCAACGCGCUGUAAACAAAAUAAUCAAUUAAUACGACUGUAUAAUUUCGUUAAUGAUUCAUAUAUAAUAUUUUUUUUAUUAAACAUUACUUUGUAAACUAAGCAAAAUAAAUCUAGCAAAUGUAAUAAAUAUGAAUUAAUUAAUAAUGAUUAUUGUUGUUAUGUUUUCUUUUCAUAUUUUAUUUCUGUUUUUAUUUUAUUUUAUUUUAUUUUUUUCUUUCUAAUAAAAAAAUAUCGUAAAAUUGUGAAUUACAUAAACUCACUUUUUAUAUCUAUAUGCAUAGAGAUCUGUGUAUGUAUAUGUAUAUAUGAGCGUGCAAAUACAUUUCGUUGUAAUAAUUAAAAAAAAAACUGAUAUGUAUUUAUUUCAUUAAACUUAUUAACUUCGAGAUUGUUAAUAAAAAAAAUAUUGAAAAAUUUUUUAUAUCAGUUAACCAAUCGUAUAUACAUACAAUUGGUUUGUAAAAGGAUAGGAGACAAUAUCACAUUAUACGAAUGCGAUGCGAUAAAAGCUCACAGCAUGGUGUCCUUUUAAUUAUGCUAGUCGUGCGAUUAAUCGACCGAUUGAGUUACGUGCAACGAGUGAGUGAGUGAGUGAGAGAGAGAGAGAGAGAGAGAGAGAGAGAGAGAGAGAGAGAGAGAGAGAGAGAGAGAGAGAGAGAGAGA